AUGGGCUCAUUAUUUUGUUGCUCUAUGGUAUCUAUCUGUAUCGCUUCCAUGGACGAAGUCACCCCCUCAUGUCUCCCUCUGAAUAAUAAUAAUCAAGCUUCUCUUGAACUACAACAGUUCUGGGUUGCGGGCAGGCGGAAUAGCCCGACUGCACAUAGUUUGACCCCACCCUGGUCGGUCACCGUAUAUAAGGGGAGUUCAUUCGAGAGAGAAUGUUGGUGCUGGCAGCUGCAGGGUAACGUGGUCUGUCGAUCCCAAGAUAAAGGGAUAGUUGUCUAA